AUGGACUUCGAAAUCGAUCCUCUCAUACAACAAAUUGCUCGUAAUGAGAAGAAAAAAACAUUUGGUCUGAUAAUAUGCGCAUUAUUUCAUCAACCAAAACCGAUUCAGUUUGCUAAUUUCUAUCAACAAUUAAUUGAGCAAUUGCAAGCGAAUUUCGAUGACGACGAAAAACAAUCUGUUUAUCUCUAUCCAAUAGCUUAUUUACACAUAACAAUUUCAACAUUGUAUAGUUUUAAACAUGAAGUUCCUCAAGAUUCUGAAGCAUGUUUAAAAUAUUGGAACGAAUGUUUUACAAAAUUAAAACAAAGUGCAAAACCGAAACCAAUUAUUCUUACAGUGGAUUCAAUAAAGCUUUCGAAAGCUGCUGGAUAUUUUCUAUUUCAUGACGCUCAUAAUAGUAUGGAACAUAUUCGACAGUCUAUACGUGAUACUUGUAUACCGGAGGAUGGACAAGCGCCGUUACAUAUACCGAAUAUUGUUCAUACCUCGUUUAUUCGUUUUAUCAAGCAACCUAACGAUCCAAAAAAACUCGAAGAUAAAUUUCAUCGUGUUUGUAGAGAAUUAUUAGAAAAACAGAAGGAAAUUCGUUUUGAUAUUGAUGAAAUUUGUUUAGCAUUUGAAGCUCAUCCUUAUAUGCAUAUCGAUUGCGAUGAAUUCCACAUUUUUGAUACAAUUAAAUAUUAA